GGUUUAUUAGAUUGAUGACAUUUCGAAAAUGGUCGCUAUUCCACAUUUAAAUAUUUGACACGGACUGUAUUUGGUCGAACAGACAUUCGAUGUAGAUGAGUUUUUGCAUCAUUUACGUUCUGGUUUUCAGUCCUCAUUAUUUUCAAGGAAGAUAAGGUUGCAAAUUGGCCAUCUUAAUAAUGGAAAAUGUGCGAUUUACAAAACUAGAGAAGCAAAGAGAACUUCUUCGCAACAAACAAAGGCAAAAGUAUGCACACCAAGUGUUGUCACUUCAAAAACGUACAGAAAGUGCUGGUAUCAGUAGUUGUAAAGCUAAUAACUGGAGAGAAAACAAAUCAUCAAGUCAAUCGGCUUUAGGUUUCCCAAUAAAAGGUAGAACUGGUGAAAAUUAUUAUGCAUAUGACGGUCCGCAAUCAUGUGAUACAUCAAACCCUGAUGAUUUUCCUACAAGUGAAGUUCAAGUUAUUCAUGUACUCACAAAACCUACUCCUUUGGGACAACCAAGGUUUGAUCAAACAGUAAGGCGCAAACCAAACUCUGAAGCAAUACAAGAUAAUGGAGUGGAUAGUGAAGAUUACAAAAGUACUGAUAGUCUGAAUAAUCUAACCAUCACACGGUCGAGUACUAUGUUGUCUUCUCUUGACCAAGAUACCUAUCUGGCUUCUACUGAGGAUAGUGAUGGCGAAAAUGAAAUUGCGGAGUCUCACUCUGGUUUUAUGACUCAGAAACAAGUAGUGAAGAUAUCUGACAAUCCCAAUAGUCAUCUUCAUAAGGAUAGUUAUAGCGGAGUCACGAAUUUUACCAAAUACAACAGCGAAAACUCGGAUACUGGUGAUAAUGCGAAUCCUGUUGAGAAGACAAACGCUACUCAGGAGUGUGAAGACUUAAAGUAUGGUGAGGCAACUCAGUCCUUACUUUUAGAUCCAACUAGGAACUUGGAAGAAUUCAUCAUGAAACCUGCUCCUCAGGGUGUGACCAUACGUUGUCGUAUUACACGAGACAAACGAGGUGUCGAUCGUGGAAUUUUUCCAUCAUAUUAUCUUCAUCUUGAAAAAGAAGACUGUAAGUUCUUCUUACUUGCAGCUAGGCGUCGCAAGCGAUCAACAACGAGUAACUAUGUGAUUUCUUGUGAUGCCACUAAUUUAUCUCGUGAUGCAAUUAGUUUUGCCGGGAAACUGCGCUCCAACUUUCUGGGUACUCAUUUUACUGUGUACGGCUGUGAAUCAAAAUCACGAGAUAGUAAAUCCUUAAAUUCAGGGGACAAGGUAAAUGAUUCUGGUUCGAUAACGACAACUACUAAGACACACAAUAUGCUAGAGCUUGCUGCAAUCAUAUACGAUACAAACGUACUGGGUUUCAAAGGACCAAGGAGAAUGACUAUUAUUUUGCCGCGCUUAAGUGCUACUUGUCAGCAUUUUUCAUGUCCUGGAAAUGAUACUACCUGGCUAAUCGACUCAUGGCGGAGAAAAGAUAUGCAGAACGUUCUACAACUACAAAACAAGAAUCCUGUUUGGAAUGAAGAGACCCAAUCAUACGUGCUCAAUUUUCAUGGUCGCGUCACGCAAGCUUCGGUGAAGAACUUCCAAAUCGUACACAGAAGUGACGAUGAAUACAUACUUAUGCAAUUUGGACGUAUCUCUGAGGACGUCUUCACAAUGGACUAUACGUAUCCUAUGUGUGCCCUACAAGCAUUUGGGAUUGCUUUAUCUUCCUUUGAUAGUAAAUUAGCAUGCGAAUAGUUAUCUUUGCAUUUAUUACGAAUUAUGACUUUACAAGCUUUAUGUAGACUACUAAAAAUGGAGUCUACUUAUUUUUUGCCAAAUUAUAUACUUUCCCACAGCACAUACCAACCUCCAGCAACCUCAAUAGCCAUAAGUUCUGCCGUUACGUCGCUAGAAUAUCCUAUUUACAUAGUCCGUAACAACCGAUUUUACAUCCACUUAUAUUUGUACAUCAUGUAAACCUAGAUCUGAACACAAAGAUCCUAUUGUUGAAACAUGGAUAACUAUAAAAACAACUAUUCUAAAGUAAUACUCAGUAGUUUAAAAAUUGUUUGUAAAUGUUUCUUAGUUAUCUAACUUGGUUUUUAGUAACUCUUCUUACUUGAUCAUACACUACAUCAAAUAGUAUUUGCAAUAGACAUACGAUUGUAAAACGGUUCAGUUUACACAGCUAAUUUUGAAUCCUAAUUGCUUAUAAUGGUUAACUAUCGUCUGGCGAUUGCAUUGACAAAUUACAGAUCAUUGUAUUUUUUCGGCUUACUGUGAAAAACGAAGAUGUUAGUUCUAAAAUGUAAAAUAGCAUGAAAGUACAAAAAUGUAUUAGGUUGACAUUUGAACCCAUUAGUUUGAAUAUCGCUAAGGAGUAUUGAAACAGAAAGCUUUAGACUUGCUCGACUAUUAAGCUAAGUAGUAAAAACUGCUUUAGUUUUUCUGUAGUUGUAGUGUUAAUUUAGAGAUAUUUUCGAUGUACAUCGGUAUGCCCCACAUACAGUCUCCAUUUGCUUCGGUGUCUAACACAAUAAAAACUAGAUGCUAUAAACUAAACAUUAGUAACGUCUACCAUAAUACUUACAUUUAAUAUAGAAACAGGAAUGUUCUCAAGUUGCUUUACUUCAUGAGGAAGUUGAUACUAAUAAGGAAACUAAUAAAUCCCGAGUUGUGAUGGCUAUAAUGUCAACUAACUGGGCUGGAAAAUGAUUUUCCAAUGAGACUUGGAUUUAAAACCUACCUCACGAUAAAAGUUCGGGGAGUAUCACUACCCUGACAAUAACUACAGUAACUUAUUGGUCAGAAUACUAGUUAAUACAGCUACAUAAGGACCAAAACCGACCGAUUUUCGACGACCCUAGGGACUUAUGUCCGAUUGCUGACAGUACACGUCGGUGGCGUCGUUUCAGACAUGGCAAUCCAAAAUAUUUGUCCAGUUCUCUGCCUCGACUAUUAUGGCUAGUAUGUUAUGCGGCGAUACAAAUAUUACGUGGCGAUAAAGUAAUGUGACCAAGAUUAUAUAUGUAUAUAUAUAUGACGUAGGCUAACCAUAAUUUAAACCAUUAACAAGCGGUUCAACUACCCGUAUGAACAAAUAUCUGAACCCAUGAACUUGAGGAAAAAACGUCUAAUUGCAAGAUUAUGACUGAUUAGGCUAAAAUGUAGUUACACAGCAAAGUAGGUUUAUAAUCUCACGGAUAACCAAAAUGUGUGCAUGCUCAUAACUCCUACGACUGAAAUAUUAAACGAUGAUGACAAAAGAUGCAAUGAACUUACACUGAAUCUUUUUGCGAUCUCAGAGAGCUUGUUCGACCCAAAAUCAAAGGCGUACUUAAGGUUAGAUACAGAGCCACUGGGGAAGGAAACAACGGUUGCAACAGAACCACAUAUGGAUGCGUAAACCAACUUGCG